CCAAGAGUAGAGGUUGCUCCUGAAUUGUAAUAGUGGUUCAUUCACAGACCGCAGCAACAGAAACCAAUUGUUUAGAAGUCACGCCGAGAGUUGAAGACACGCCAGACAUUUACUUUCGUCAUACGAAGUUUAAGUAAAAAUGAUUACAUUGAGUAUGCUAUUAUGUGGAAUUUUAAUUUCCAGUGGGGAGGUCAGGGCCGACUCACCGCCAGGGCGGGGUGAUUUGAGGUCAGGGACCCAAACUGUGAAUAAAGGCACGUCUAAAAUUUGUGGAGAUCCUCUGGAUAUCAUCUUCGUUAUCGAUGGUUCCUACAGUAUUUGGAGUCCGCAUUUCGUUAAGCAGAAGGAAUUUCUCCGAGGCUUUGUUGAAGAGUUCAACAUUGAAAGAGACGGCAACGGAACACGUAUUGGCGCCAUUGUUUUUGCCGACAACACAGAAGUUGCAUUUAAUCUCAAAGACCAUUUCAAUAAGGAUGACCUGUUCGAGGCUAUAGACAGGAUAACACAGAUCGGCGGUGGCACUCACACUGACAAGGCUUUAAUAAAGGUGCGAGAAGAAAUGCUUCUACCAUCGAACGGAGCGCGUCUUGGUAAAGUUCCGCAGAUCAUUAUCGUGAUGACAGAUGGCGUCUCCUGGGACCCGAAUGAGACGAAAAAGGAAGCGGAGCGUCUGCACAAUGGUCAAUAUCCGGCAAGAGUUAUUUCAAUCGGAAUAGGAUUACAGGUCGACCAAAACGAAAUAUAUGCUCUAUCAAGUUUACCAAAGGAGAAGAACGUGUUUACAGUGACGAGUUAUGAGACACUCCAGGAAAUCAAGAAUGACCUCGCCAUUCGCACUUGCGAAGUUAAAUCCCCGGAAAUGGAGUGGACAGACUGUGGGAUAAAUAGAACUGUAGAUGUCGCCUUCGUGCUGGGAGAGUCCACAACCACUACGCCGGAGUCCACCGCACAAAUCCUCGGGUUCGUCCGGAACCUAACGAGUCGAUUCACGAUCGGAGACGGAAAAAUUCGGGUCGCUUUGGUACCGGCUGAUUGCAAUAACCCAGGGUUCCACCUUAGCAGAUUUAAUGAUAGACAAUCAAUCUUUUCUCACUUGGAUAAUUACAGGAUGGACGCUCCCACUAACGCAGGUCGACUGCAUUACUUGCGCACAGUGACGUUUACAUCGGCUAAAGGUGCGCGUGACGGUGUACGUAAACUGGCCAUCACAGUUCUCACCAACAAGUCACGUAAUGUCAACGCAACCAUAGCGGCUGCUGAGGAAGCAAAGGAAGCCGGGAUAGAGAUGAUCGCCAUCGGCAUUGGGGAUGAAGUAGAUACAGACGAGCUGCAUGGGAUCGCCUCCACGACCAAUAGAGUGUUCCGCCUCCUGGAUUACAACGCAUUCCGCGUGCGUAUCAGGAGGUUGCUGUACAAAGUGAUCUGUAAAGGUGAAACAACCCCUCAUCCGGCAACGACUGAACCGCCAGUUUUUCCGACAGUCUGCCUCCCUGUUACUCCGCCAUCUCAACAAUAAGUGUCACGUUUCUACUACAAGCGGCAUUGACAUGCAAGACAAGACCACUCACCAAUAUUGUUUAAGCGCAUGACACCGGGAGAAAACUUGCGCUGUUCCGGGGUCGUUACCAUCUACAAUUAGCGCAAUUGCUAGACUACGUGUGUUUAUUUCUACAAUUUUCUCAGUUGCUGUUAACCAUCACUUCCGGUUCAGAGGCACAUCUACACAUAAUGCCACAGAUUAAGUGGGAUUGAUUACAAGGAAACUUUUAAAACUGCUUAUAAGCUGUUGAUAGGUAUAUAGAUUGGUGGAUAGAUACAUACAUAUAGAUAAAAAGAAAGAUCUAAUUAUUUUAUUCUAAUGCACCACUGUAAUGAUUAAUAAUUGUAAUCUAUUACUUAUAAUAACACAUCCAAUGAGGGUGAAAUUAUAAUAAAAGAUAAAAAUUGUCAGUAUUAAUUGCACAACAGUUUAUUUAGCAUCAGUACGGGUUUCAUAACAAGUCACACUAUAUAUUGUCUUUCACACAGCAAGGCUUGUGUCACAGUAUGUCUUUAUAGUUGUCAGUAUUAUAAAUGUCUGGUUAUCAUAUAAAUAUGUAAAGUUUGGAAUUCUUUUUCCGUGGUGAGUAUAUUGCAUACAGCUUACAUGUACCUGUAGAUCCAUAUUGUGAUACAGUAGUGAAGUAAGUGAAGUUCAUCUAUCAUGUUACAGUACUGACAAACUGUUUUAAGUAUCUUUUAAUACACGUGCCAUGUAGCACUGGUUCAAUAAUAACGAUAAGAGCACUAUAACUUUUAAGCCUGGUCAAUGCAGGCACUCGGGAAACAUACAAUAUCUCAUGUAACCAACUUUAUGAAAAUUUGCAAAUAAAUAUG